AUGUUGACUUGGAUAUUUCCACAUUCUCCAAAGACUCAAGCCUCGACUCGACGACCUGGCCACCCGCUCCCCCUCCUCACCGUGACCGCCCUGCUUCGACGACUAGCAGGCGCAAGUCGCCCCACCCUCCAGGCGGUGGCCAGCCUCCGAUUCCCCCCUCUCGCGCCCGCGUCGUCGUCCUCACGGUUCACGACCUCGGCGCUCGACCAGGCCCGCGCCGCGUCCAAGCCCAAGCCCAAGGCGAGGUCCAAGAAGAAGGACUUGACGCCAUUCAUCAGCCCAUCGGGGGACGAGCCCGAAAUGUCCAUUAUCCACUGGACUAUCCGCACCAUCUCGGUCCCCGGGCCCGACACCGACCUCUCGCUCUAUGUCGCGUUCGACAAUGAGCGCCUGCUCUUCGGCGCGGGCGAAGGCACGCAACGCGCCUUUAUCCAGAAGCGCCUCACCAUGAGGGGUCUUCAGGCCGUCUUCCUCCCAGACGGCGGGCACCGCGCACGGACUGGCCUUCCUGGUGUGAUCAUGACGGCAUCUGACGCAGGCAUGAAGAAACUCACAGUCGUCGGACCACCAGAUACCGCGCACUACCUCGCGACGCUGCGAGCUUCGGUGCAGCGCGACAUAUUCGGCGUCGACCCCAAGCCGUACCCGCGCUUCAGCACCGCUGAUUCCGAGAUCGUUUACUCGUCAGACAAGGUCACUGUCCACGCCAUCGCGCUGCGUGAUCCAGUGCCACAGCCUGCCAGCACUGGAUCCGUCCUAUCCAACCACGUUCCCCGACCUGCACAGCUCCCCGAGGCUCGCCUCGACCAGUGGACCUCGACGAUCGUGAAAGACAUGUUCAGGGGCAUCCAGGAUCCCGCCGAACGAAAGGCGGCGCGGCCACCACAGCCGUACCCCGGCAUGAGGGCGCCUUCCGUCCCCAUGGACCGAUUUCCAUUGCCUAUCCCGAGCGACGCAGACGUUGCCACCGACAUGGUGUACAUCCUCCGCACACCAGAGGUCCGCGGCAAGUUCGAUGUCGUCAAAGCGGCGGCGCUUGGCGUGCCCGGUGGCCCGGUCCGUGGAAAGCUCACCAGGGGCGAGAGCAUCGAGGUCGAGGACAAGAACGCACCUGGCGGCAAGAGGAUUGUGAGGCCCGAGGACUGCCUUGUUGGCGGUGGACCGGGAUCGAUUCUCAUCGUCGUGUCGUGCGCAGAGCACAACGUCGAUCGCUUGCUGCAGUCGCCUGUGUUCGGGCAGUACCAGCAGGGGCCAAGGGGCAAGGCAGCGGACUUCCCCGUACAGGCGGUUGUCCACCGCGUUACACGCCAAGUGUGGGAGGACCCGAGGUACCAGGCCUGGGUGGCAGCGUACGGGCCCAAGACUCAGCAUCUGCUCACCGAAGUGCGGAUUCCUGGCCCAACCUUCUUCAACAGCGCGGCGUGGAAUGCGCUCCACCUGCACCGACUUGACGAGGAGGUCUUCCCCGUGCCGUACUACAAGUACGAGGCGCCGCCACCGCCCGUCCUCCCAGCCAACGCCACCCUUGCGGUCCCCAACAACCUUGUCAGCAUGCACCCUCCCAAGGAGACAGAGCUGCUCGAGACGCACGUCAAGGACGCGCAGUUCCCCACCGAUACCGAGGAGAUCGUUCUGGACACGGCCAGGAGCGACGGUACAGAGUAUGCCAUCGCCGUCGACGCUGCACGCGUCGAGGUCGCUGCCAAGGCCGCGGUGCACGCCGAGACCCAUGAGCUACAGCCUGGUGACGACAUUGUGGUGACCACACUCGGCACAGGCAGCGCCAUCCCCUCCAAGUUUAGGAAUGUUUCGUCAACACACCUCGAUAUCCCUGGUACUGGUGGCAUUCUGCUCGACUGUGGGGAGGGCUCCCUUGGCCAGCUGCGCCGUCGGUUCGGACCCGAAGGCUUGCAAAAGGUCUACGAAGAUCUCCGGCUCAUCUUCAUCAGCCACAUGCACGCCGACCACCACUUGGGUCUGACUUCUAUUCUUGCGGACCGUUUCAAGUCUGGUGUCCACUCGACAUUGUACAUCCUCGCGCCUCCGCAAAUUGGAUUGCAGCUGCAGGAAACCGCAACAUGGCAGUACGGUGUGCCCCGCGAGGCCCUUGAGAACGUCAAGUUUGUCAGCUUGACCCGCAUGAACAAGAGCGCAUGGGUUGCGAGGACGGCAGAACAAGCUGCCCGACAGAGCGCUGCGGCCAUCGGCAUUGCCCCUUUGACCCAGGCGGUCGAGCAGGAAGCCGAGUUUAACGAGGACGUGGCGGCGGGCAAGUUCAAGUGGCCGUUCAAGAUGAUCCAUCGCUACUACUCGCCUGGCAACGACAAAAUGGCCGAGACGAUCUACACCAUGAUCGACGACCUGGGGAUGAAGACCAUGGGUGCGCCAAGUGUACCUCACCGAGGCCUGGCCAACGGUCUGGUACUUGAGCACACCUCUGGGUGGAAAGUGGUGUACUCUGGGGACACCAAGCCUUCUGGCGAUCUCGUGGCGGCGGGCCAAGGAGCGACGAUUCUGAUCCACGAGGCGACGCACGAGGACGACACGCCAGAGAUGGCGCAGGCCAAGGGGCACAGCACCUUUGGGCAGGCGAUCGAGGUCGGGAAGCAGAUGAAUGCCAAGUACACCAUCCUCAACCACUUCUCGCAGCGCUACCCCAAGAUCCCCAAGUUGCUGAUUGCCAAGGAGGGUGAGCAAGGGGCCAUUGAGUCAAGCGUGGCGAUUUCGUUCGACUUCAUGUCCCUGCGUGCGGCGGACACGUGGAAGAUUGCGCACUACACGGACGCGAUGACGCUGUUGUAUGGGGAAGAGGAGGAGGAUGAUGUGUUGGAGGGGGAGGGUGUUGUUGGGCAGGCCGUGGGGGCUGGGAAGGGUGCCAAGGGGGCAGGGAAGGGCCGUGGGGGUGAGCGGGGUGAGCGUGGUGGUCGUGGGUCGCAGGGCCAGCCGUUUGGGCUCAAGCGGCGGAGCAGCGAGAUUGCCGACGAGCCGGCAGCGAAGAAGGCGGCGGCGGCGAGCGAGGAUGCCGAGUAA